AUGAAAAUGACUGAACUCUUUGAUCAACUUGCUGAACUCUAUGGUGAUAUCAGUUAUCUUGACGCAUAUGUUGGAGGAAUGCUCGAAGGAGACAAUGGACCGGGUGAACUCUUCAAGACUAUCAUUAUGGAUCAGUUCGAGCGUUUGAGAGACUCUGACAGAUUCUGGUUCGAGAAUACUCAAAAUGGCCUUUUCAACGAUACUGAGAUCCAGAUGAUUCGAAAUAUCACUUUACGUGAUAUUAUUCGGGCUACAACCGAAAUUAAUGAUUCUUGGCUACAAAAUGAUGUGUUCUACUUUCAUGAUGGAGAUCCAUGUCCUCAGCCUUUCCAGGUCAAUGAAACAGGUCUGGAACAGUGCAUUCCAUUUAUGCGAUUCGACCAUUUCACUGGAAAUGAAGUUACCUACAUUUUCACACUCAUUGGUCUCGGAUGCAUACCACUGAUCUGCUUUGGCAUUGGCUACAUCCUAAUCCAACGUCGCCGUCGUAUGGGAUGGGACAUCUCGUAUGAUGAUCUUUCCGCAACGGCUGUCGACGAUGAUGCACCCAAGGAUCGAUACUCUAUUCAA